AAGAGUCAAAAACAAGGAGUAGGAAAUUAAUUGGAUUUUAGUACUUUCAUAACAAAUGAUAAAAUAAAAAAGAAUCCCUUGAAACAUUUGAUUAUUAGCUGCAGUUUAUUUAAAUCGGAUAUGGAGCUACCAUUUGAGGUGUUAGUCUAUCUAUUCAAGUACUUACCGAAAUCUGAUCGAAAAGCAGCCAGUGAGACAUGUCGCUCCUGGUACUUAGCUGCUAAUGAUCAGUGCUUUUUGAAGAACAAAGUUGCUGUAUUUUACAAAACAAUAUUCAAUGAAGAAUCAUCUUCACCACUUCAAAUAUUUGAAGACUCACCUAUCACAUAUUACAACUAUUUAUUCAAUGAAGUGGAAAUAUCAAAUAAACAAAAUGAAUUCUGGAACAAACUGGGUGAACACAUACAAUGUUUGACACUGAGGAACUGUGAUAUUUGUGAGAAGGUAUUUGUUCACAUACUACAAAAGUGUACAAAUCUAGAAACAUUAAAUGUACAGAACUGCAAGGAACUCUUUAUGUCUGGAUGUCUAUUAGAAGGAAAGAGUGAAGGAUUUCUAACUGAAAAUCUAGAAAACUUAAAAACUUUGAGUCUGUCAGGAAAUCAGUACCUCACAGAUGCACUGUUCAAUAGAUUUACAUCAGCUGCACCAGCAUUACAAGAGCUGGACUUGUCUGCAUGCUCAUUGCAGUUCCAUGCAGGUUUAGUCAAAAAGUUCUACCCGCCAGGUACUGACAUAUUUCUAAACCCUUCAGAAAGUGUAUUGACAUUUUAUUUUAUACUGCAGCUAAUUAUAAGUAGAGCCAAAAAUAUUAAGUGUUUGCAUUUCUCUUGUACUCUGAUUGAUGGAGCUGCACUCAAGGCUCUAUCAGAAAUAAAAGAUUUAGAGCUUACCUCAUUGCAAGUACAUUCCUGUGAUCAGCUGACUAAUACUGGUAUACUAUCUCUGACGAGUUAUCAAACAUCUCUGAAAGAGCUUGACAUAGGCUUGUGCACAAGAGUAACUGACCAGUCACUUGUACAUAUAUGUAAGAAUCUAGUCAACCUGGAAUCCCUCAAUAUACAAAGAUGUCGAGCUGUGACUGAUUUGGGAAUAACGGAACUACACAAAUUAAAGAAAUUAAAAUCUUUAAAUAUAUCGCAGUGCGAGCUGCUGACUAAAGAUGGUCUCGAAAAAGGGAUUUGUGCUGGAGAAAACCAAAGUCUGGAGGAACUGGAUAUCAACUCAUUGAAUAUAGAUCAGACUGGUGUCAUCAUGAUCUCUGAAAGGCUUCCUAACUUGCGUAUGUUGAACUUGAGCUACUGCUUCAAUGCUGUAACAGAUACUUCAGUACAAGUCAUAUUUAAAAAUCAAUUGUUUCUUCAAAUUUUAAAAUUGAGCCAUUGUGACAAGGUGUCUGAUGCUGGAUUAACUGGUAUGGGGAAAGUCGAAAUAAAAGAAGGUGAAGAUGGUCCAAUUAUGUCGAAUAUUGAUGAAUCACACAUGUCACCUAAGAUUCACUUAGGGUCAAGAGCAGAAGAAGAAAUAGUGAGAGAUGCUAAACGAAAGAGAGAUGUCAUGCUUAUGUGUGAAAAACUAUCAAUGGAUUCAUACACCGGCUACUCACUAGCUCGCCUGAGGAGCCUCAAAGAAUUGGAUAUAAGUGGAUGCAAUAGAAUAACAGAUGUGAGCUUGACUUAUGCUUUUAAUUUCAAAGAACUGAUUAAACUAAACUUAAGCAGAUGCCAGCAAAUUACUUACGAAGGAAUAGAACAUUUAGUCAAAAACUGUCCCAGUAUUGAAUAUAUUAACCUGAUAGAUUGUUAUAAUUUGAAUGACAAGGCUGUUGAAGACAUAACCAAAAACUUGCAGAGAUUGAAGCACCUAGAACUAAGGGGUUGUAAUCAGCUAAGUGACAAAACUUUAGAAGCUGUGAGAGCAUAUUGCAGUAAGCUUCAGUUUCUGGACGUGCAGGGAUGUCGCCACAUGUCACCCGAACUGGCGUGUUCUAUCGGCUCUUUACCUUCUCUGCAUACAGUACUGAUGUCAAAACCAGGACCAUACUUAGAAGAUGGAAAAAAGAAUAGAGCUCCUGCCCCAGCAUUUUUACCUGCUUUAAUGAGAAAACUACGCUUACAUUAAAAUUUAAAAGGCUAUAAAAUGGAAUAAUGCUACACUAUAAUAAUAUGUAAAUAUAUUAUGGUCAGAGUCAUAUUAUUGGAACAUUAGAAUUCCGUUAAGCAAACUGCCUCUGCUAGUAUGAAGUCUUGUGAUUGUGCUCGUCAUCAAUUGGUAGUUAUGAAACAAUUACCUACCUUAUGGCAUUAAAUAUAUAGUUACAUUUCCAGUCAAUUGUGGUAGUUAUAGGAAAAUAGGAAGUAACUAAAACCGUUACAAAAGCGAUAAUAAUCGACUCUUUCCUGUACGUCGGCAUCUAGUUAAAACGCAAUUACUUGUAGAAUUACUUUUACUAUCUGUGACGGUCUCAAGGCCAAGGUAGAGGCCGGCGACAACAACAGCCGACGUUUUAUCCAUUAUGUACAGAAAUAAACAUGGCUCUGAACAAACCCCUAUAAAGUUGUGUAUGUGAGUGAUAUAAUAUAAUUAUUUUAAAUUGUUUAUUUGGUGUAGCUAACAGCGAUAAAUUAUUUUACAUUAUUUUAUUUGUAUUUUAAAAUUAUAUUAUUUAUUAAUCAGUGUAUGUAGUUGUUCUAUAGUAUUGGUAAAAAAAAUUGAAUUUCCUGAACCAGGACUAAUGUAAUUAUGUCAGCUGUGAUAACAAUUAUUAUAAAUUAAGUACAAAUUAUAAAAAAUACCUAUGUUGCAAUAAAAGUUUUAAUUAUGAAAUGACUUUUAAUCCGUUUUAUAGCAGAUUAGACUAACCCACCAUUUAAUUGGUGAAUACAUAAAAUUGCUAGAUUAUUUUAUUUCAAUGAUAUCAUCAAAUAGCUACAAUCUACUUUCGUUUGUGAUACAGGGCUUACCUUGCACAGGCACCUAACUGUAAAAUGUCUACAUCGCUUAUUAAGAUAAUAUUAUGUAUUUUGCUCAUUUCAUCAUCAAUAAAGAUUAUUUUAUUUAUUACUAUUUUGAUUUUCUAGGUGAUUACUACCGGCAACAAAAAUAACGAAUAUUUAUAUUAAAAAAGAAAAUGACUUCGAAACUAUAUUGUACCGAUUUUGAGGAUUAUUU